AGUUUCUUAUAUGCUCUUUCGACUGAUAUUACUACUAUUUUCAAUUAGGCUAUGCAGUUUUACAGCAUAUAAAAGUUUAUUCGAAACUUUACUGGCUAGAUACAAUAAAAUUGCGUUCCCAUCUGGUGAGUUCAACAAUACACUCACAAUUGAAUUCAAACUUCGGUUGGACCAAAUUGUCGACGUGCAUGAAAAAGAUCAAGUUAUCACUUUGAAGGGGACACUUAUUCAUCACUGGCUUGAUUAUCGACUUUCUUGGAAUCCCGAUGAGUUUGGUAACAUUACUCUUAUGCAUUUCCCUGGGGAGAUGCUAUGGCUCCCCGAUAUAAUACUGUAUAAUAACGCCCACGGAAGCCCGUGGGUAUCAGAGACCACACAAGUGCAUGUUUCAUUCGAAGGACGUGUUACAUGGCAACCUCCAGUAGUGUAUGAUGCAUUUUGCAACAUUGACAUUGAAUGGUAUCCGUAUGACUUACAAAUUUGUGAACUCAAGUUCGGCUCAUGGACCUACGGAGGAUCACAACUCAAUUUAAUACAUCUUACUACUGAUCAAGCUAAUGAAAGUACUGAUGCAACCGGCGAUAAUGUAUGGAAAGUAGAGAGAGGAGUUGAUUUGAGCAAUUAUCAGGAGUCUGUUGAAUGGGAUUUGCUAUCAGUAGAAGGGAUUCGUCACAAAAAGUGGUACCCAUGCUGUGACUAUCCAUCAAUUGAUAUCACGUAUUACCUUCAUAUUCGUCGGAAAAAAUUAUUCUACACAGUCAACAUGAUAAUUCCAUGCGUCUGUCUUGCAUCGAUGACUCUUUGGGUAUUCUAUCUUCCGUGUGAAAGUCAUCAAAAAAUCCAGCUUUGCAUUUCCGUUCUCGUCGCUCUUACACUCUAUUUUCUAAUGUUAAUUGAUAUUAUUCCACCAACAAGUAUUGUGACUCCAUUGAUUCUUAAAUAUCUGAGUUUCACAAUGAUUAUGGUGGCGCUUUCAGUUACUUGCACCGUAUUUAUUCAAAAUAUCCACUAUCGUGCUUAUUACCAACCGAUGCCCAGAUUUGUCAAACACUGGUUCAUUGAAAAGCUCGGGAAGAAGCUUCUAAUUUCAAGAAAAACCGAACAAGCUCAGUAUCAUAGAACUGCUCAGCAUGUCAAGCAAGUCAAUGCAUUAUCAGCCAUGAAUAUUUUGGAGAAGCAGUUUCAGAAGACCUUGUUUGAGCUGGAGAUCGCCACGAUGGCCAAGAAAACAGUGACAGCCGCCCCUAAGACAGUUAAUUCAAUAUUUCUAGAAUUACCAAUGAUGAAUCGAAGUGUUUCUGUGAAGAUACGAAAACCGUCUGUGAAAGCUGUAAAAAAUCGUAUGCGUCGUCUUUUGAGCAUUGAUAUGACUGACGACAUAAGAGGGAAGGAAACGGAAGAAAUUUCUCCGGAAACUACAAAAGACACUGAUCCAGAUCGAGAGAAACUAAGAAAAGCAGAGAAAAAUAUUCAUUUCAUUGCAAAAACUUUGACGGACGAACGAAGAGCACAAGAAGCAGAAGCUGAUUGGCAAUUUGUGAGCCUAGUGAUCGAUCGGAUGCUACUUAUUAUUUUCUCGUUUACCAUCACAAUUGGCACAAUUUUGACUAUUUUUUCAGCGCCGACAAUGCGUGAUAAUCGAGAACCUAUUGCUAUCAAUCCGUGA